GUUCGCCUCACAUCCGGGUCCCGCCGUCGCCGCCGCCGCCGCCCGGGCCUCGCUCAUUCAGCUUCGCGGGAGCCGAGAGUCCCGACCAAGAUGGCGGCCGUGGGGCGAGCCGGCUCCUUCAGCUCCUCGCCGCCGGCCCUGGCUACCGCCAACGGCUUCGCCCCGGCUUCCUGCACGGGCGGCGGCGACAAGGCCGAGGACGACGACGGGCAGAACCUUUGGUCUUGCAUCCUCAGCGAGGUGUCCACCCGCUCCCGCUCCAAGCUGCCGUCCGGCAAGAACGUCCUGCUGCUCGGUGAAGAUGGAGCUGGAAAAACAAGUUUGAUAGGGAAAAUCCAGGGAAGACCAGAGGAGUGCAAGAAAGGAAGAGGGGCAGAGUAUUUGUACUUGAGCGUUCAUGAUGAGGACAGAGAUGAUCAAACAAGAUGCAAUGUGUGGAUCUUAGAUGGAGACCUGUAUCACAAAGGGCUCCUUAAAUUUGCAAUGGAAGCCAACUCUCUGAGAGACACUUUAGUUAUCCUGGUUGUUGACAUGUCAAAGCCUUGGACUGCUUUGGAUUCUUUACAGAAAUGGGCAAGUGUGGUGAGAGAACAUAUUGAUAAGCUAAAAAUUCCUCCUGAGGAAAUGAAAGAAAUGGAACAGAAAUUGAUUAGAGAUUUCCAAGAAUACGUGGAACCUGGAGAAGAUUUCCCAGCAUCUCCACAGAGAAGAAGCACGUUACAGGAAGACAAAGAUGAUAGUAUCAUGUUACCACUGGGUGCAGACACGCUGACAUAUAACUUAGGCGUCCCAGUGCUUGUAGUUUGCACAAAGUGUGAUGCCAUUAGUGUGUUGGAAAAAGAACAUGAUUACAGAGAUGAACACUUUGACUUUAUUCAAUCACACAUCCGGAAGUUUUGUUUACAGUAUGGUGCAGCACUUAUUUACACUUCAGUAAAGGAAAAUAAAAAUAUAGAUUUAGUAUAUAAGUACAUUGUUCAGAAAUUAUAUGGAUUCCCCUUUAAGAUUCCUGCUGUUGUUGUGGAAAAAGAUGCAGUAUUUAUUCCAGCAGGAUGGGAUAAUGAUAAGAAAAUAGGAAUUUUACAUGAAAAUUUUCAAACGUUAAAAGCAGAAGAUAGUUUUGAAGAUAUUAUAACCAAACCGCCUGUCCGAAAGGUUGUUCAUGAGAAGGAAAUUGUAGCAGAAGAUGACCAAGUAUUUCUUAUGAAGCAACAGUCCCAGUUAGCAAAGCAACCACCUACAGCAGCUGGAAGGCCAGUGGAUUCCUCUCCACGAGUUCCUGGUGGUUCCCCUCGAACACCUAAUAGAUCAGUGUCAUCCAAUGUGGCCAGCGUGUCACCCAUUCCUGCUGGGUCGAAAAAAAUUGAUCCAAAUAUGAAAGCUGGAGCUACAAGUGAAGGUGUCCUCGCUAAUUUCUUCAAUAGUUUGCUGAGUAAAAAAACAGGCUCACCUGGCGGCCCUGGUGUCGGUAGCAGCAGCCCUGGAGGUGGUGGGGGUAGUGGCGGCAGCAGCAAUUUACCACCGUCGGCAAAAAAGUCAGGCCAGAAACCUGUCUUGACAGAUGUUCAGGCAGAAUUGGACAGAAUUUCACGAAAACCUGAUAUGGUUUCUCCUACAUCACCAACGUCCCCUACAGAAGGUGAAGCAUCUUGAAGAUACCAAAUAAAGCCAUUUAUUCAGUUUUCUGAGAUAAUGUAAACUUGCCUCUGCCUUUUCCUUCAAAAGUGGAAUUAGGGAGCCGAAACAUUUUUUUCAGGAGGAUAAAAUUGAUCUUUUUUGUUGCCCAAUCUUACAAAAAGGGAUCUGUACAAAUGGAAAAUUAAACUACACUAUGUUGGACUGCUGUUUGCAUUGCCACUUUGCAUAAGGAAGUAAUUUUGAGAUUUUGAACACUCAAAACUGCAAUCUGUCCAUUUGAUCUUAUUCUAAACACCAUUUUGGUUUUGUUUUUUUUAAAUGGGAGGGUUUGGGGAUGGGUGGUAAGCAGUAUGAAACAUGGGAAUCGGACUGACUCGGAAAUCGUUGUCUAUUUUAGAGUUAGGGCUGUUAAGAUGGUAAAUGAAUUAACCUGUUAGUUUUCCUGGAAGACAGAUGAUGAUCAUUUGUUCACUUUUGUGUGCACCAACAUGAAUGAAUUAAAAUUCUAUUUACUGCCACGUGUGGAAUGUGCUCACUAGGCUAUUGGAUCACAUCCGGGCCAUUAGGUCUAUUGAAAGUUUUGGGGCAGUGUCAUCUCCCAAGUAAGUGGCCUAGAGAAAUGUUGACCAAACUUGAUUUAAUUAGCUAGCAGAAGACGACAGCCCACUAUGUAAGAAAGAAAAAUGCAGAGGUCAUCAAAAUGAAAAGAAAAAUAGUCUCCAUAUUUGUUUCUUGAUGGCCCAGCCUUAAUGCUCCCCUUACGUUGUCCAUAUUACCGAGAUGGUUUUAAUGAUCGGUCUUUUAAACUGUAAUCAGUUAAUAAAGUAUUUAUUCUCUGCA